AUGGAAAUAGUGAACGUUGAGGACGGACAACCAGACCAAGCAGCGGUAACGCGAAAGAAAAGUGUCUGGUCUAAAAUAAACAACAGAACAACUGGGUAUUUGUUUGGUAUAGUGAAGGGGUUGGGAACUGUUGUGGUCAGUGCAAACUUCGGAGUAGCUGUGGCUCAUUUUACUCUUAAGAUGCUCCGCGCCUAUCUUCCCCUGGACCGGCUAUUAAAGUCUGAUACUGCGAGAGCCUUACUCAAGGUUAUUGCUGGUCCUCAAGCAUUCAAGAUAGUGUUUUUUGCAAGGCUAACACCUAUACCAUUUGGUUUGCAGAAUACAAUAUUUGCGGUGAGCGACGUCCGCGGAUGCGGCUAUCACAUGGCUACUCUGCUGGGUCUAUUACCGGCGCAGGUCAUCAACGUGUACCUUGGCUCCACUCUGAGGUCCAUGCACGAUGUACUGCAUGAAUCACACGUCACUGGAUACGUAGUCUUCGCGUUUCAGAUUCUCAUCGGCAUCACUCUCAUGGUGUGGGUGGUGCAAAAGGCUCGAAAGGAGCUGACAAUAGCGAUUAUGGCAGCGGAACUAGGCAGAGACACCUUAUCCACGAGCAGCUCGUCCAGCUAG